CAACAGUUGAUGACUUUCAUGACUGUCUUUACAUGCGCCGUUGUCCCCAUCCCCUUCUCCCUUGAACACGCGUUAGACGAUAGUUCGCGAACUGGAAAAGCACCGCGCAGAUGUACAAACCAAUGCCAUCAUCGCAUCAAUGCCGACCGAAAGAGGCUAGAUGAUCCCACAGGCACCUAAACAACCGAGAUACCCAUCAUGCCGCAAGAAAAGAACAUCGAAGGGCUCCGGGGGCGACCCGAGAUCGUCAGCGAGAUCGGCAGCUGUUCCCUGAAGCGUCACGCAGAUCCAUAUCGUUUGGCAAACCCAGGCACGCUGGUGCACAUCUGCUGUGUGUCCGUUGGCUUGCCACCAUGGUCGGCGAUCCCUCGGUACUAGCGUCGUGGCCUUCCUGAGCUUCGUGUUGCCGAGUGGCUGAGGCAGCAGGUGGUGACAAUGCUGUCGGUGCUGGUCGGUUCUCCGCGUGCGGCUCGGCCUGGGCGCGUGCGCGAUCAUGCGGCUGGGCAGCUCGAUGCCACGCUUCUGCGUAGUGGCGGGCGUAAAAAUUGACUCCCUCGGUGAUCGACUGCAUUGUCAAUGGCCGAUCGUUGAUAUACUUGCCCGCAAAGAAUACCCUGACAGAGUGAGUGGUAAACGUAAACAAACGAGCGGGGCGUGGUCUCUGUCGACACACCCACCUUCUGACCCUGUGGACACUCCCGAUCAAGUAUGCGAUGUAACCAAGGUUGUAAGAAACCAUGUGUAUGAGACUCCGCGCAAUGUCCUCCUUCCUGACACAAAACCUCUGCCACGUGUGAACAUGUCUCUGGUGUGUCCACAUACAUGCAAAUGCACCCGUACUUUGGUGAUUACCUCAGGCUUCCUCGCAGCUCAGUUGCCGAUACACAGGUGUUCAGGGCGUAUAUUUUGCCAAAGCUGCUGGCAAGGGUAUCGCCAGGAAGCACUCGACUCCCACCUGGAAAAAGGCAGCGGGACCACUUACAACGCUCUCCGUAACGACUCCCACCAGUUACAACGAUGACCACUUACUCCGCUCCCCGAAGAGAUCUCUGACUUUUAGGUCGAGCACGUCCUCUCCUGCACGUAAAAAGGUAUCCCACCACAACAGGCGUCUGUGUGGUCUUGUUGACCUUUCUCUGACAGUCGAACGACUUCCUCGAAAGACGAGGCGUUGAACAGCAGUCGGGCAAGGCCAAGGACGGUGCCUGCAAGCGCGGUCCAAUAGCGAACACGAGAAGGAGAAGAGGAAAAUGAACGCAUGCUUUUCAGCGGCCAUCACCACCCCGUCCCUACCUCCGCCGAUACACGUUCCAGUGACACGCAGAAACUUAUCCGGAGCAGUAGCCUGGCAUUGAAAUGAACACCUCAGUAUCGCCGUCAUGGAUGGCUGUCCAUCUACCUUAAGAAUCGACACUCCAGACCCAAUGUUGACGACAAGGAGGGGAUACACGUUCUCCUCCUGGUACAUACAGCCAAACACCCUCACUCGGCGUGCAUGGAAAGCAGAAAGCUACUGACCAGGUCGACAGGGACGCGUGUUCUGCUCGUCACAUCGAAACGGAACACGAUGCUGUCUGUUGCUGAGCAAAAAAAGAAACCAAACAGAUCUAAUGAGAGAGGGACGUCCGCGAGGCAGACCUGGUCGGCCGCGGGAACCGAACCCUCGGGAGCUGCUCGCGGACGUCUCGCUCCCCUGCAUCCGUCUCGUGCUGUGGCUGUGUUGCCGGAUCAGAAAAGAGAGCCCAUUCAUCAGCGACUGCAUCUCGUCAUUCUUGUGAAUCUGAACUCCUGCAACUCAAAAAGCCAUUCCCACAGGCGAUUUCCGCGCACCAUACACAGCUUUGUUUGUCAAUACCAAGCUUCUUGCUGAGGAGGUCUUGAUACUUGAAUGCUCCUCCUCCGGUAACCUCCAGUGCCUGACCGGGUCUUACACCUACGACAUCUGUAGGAAGCAAGACGGUAACGGACGCACACACACUGAAGCGCAGCGGGAACUCAUCAUCCUCACCCCUCAAAAAUGUGAUGAGAUCCCCCAUCUGUUUUGUCUGGAAAUGAAUGAAGCGCAGAGUGCGACCGUCCCCCACUGCAAAACACACAGAAGGAAAGUCGACACGCCCUGUCAUUCACGGCCUGCGUACAGUCCAGCUCGAGAUGGUCGUCUGGCGGAGAGAGCCCUUCGCUUUGAUUGUGUGUUUCCCCUGUCGAGGAGAAGACGACCUUUGCUAAACUUCCGCCGACAUCAAGACCAAUUUUGGGUGCUCCUGCGAGGGCGGGGGUAAGCGGAGGAGCGGAUGACUCACUGGAGCGCAUGAUAGAGCGUCGACAAUUGAGUCCUUUUU